CCUGCACACAAAAGCAGUCUCUAACAAUCCUGCACAAUAAUCCACUUUAUGUAUAUCCACUUAUUAAGUCAGUUAUACUAUAGUAAAUAUCUUAAGCAUACACAGAUCGCACUUUACAUUUGGUAUUAUUUUUACGCAUGUGAUAAAAAUAAUAAUAAAUCAAUAUUCUUUAACGUGAAGUGAAAUUACUGUUAUAACAGUAUCUUAACGAAGGCACUAUCAGUUUAGAAACCAUUUUGUUACCAGAUUUUCUACUUGCUUAACCGCUUGGUCACGUGAUUAUGUGGGCAGAGCAAUCGUCUCCAAUUCGAGAUGUAAAUUUAGCCGAUCUAUAUAUACACUGAACGCACAAUUACUUUGAUAAGAGGCUAGUACAGAUCGUUUUGCAAACGUUUCGAUAUAACUAGGAUUCAUAUUGUACUGAUAUUUUGUUGGUGUCGCUGAUGGUGUCAUCUGUUUUGACGGAAGAACCAAAAUGCACUAAAUAUGCAGUGCAGGACAAACUUGUAGUUAUUGAGCUUCAUCACCAGGUUGACACUCUGAAGAGAGAACUUAUGAAUGUCCAGAACCAACUGAACAACUAUCAGCUGACCAGGGACAUGGCAACCGCUGCCUUGGAAACCCAAUUGACCGCAGAGGAUAAGCGAACUUGAUGAGAUAUUGGCCACGCUUACCAAUGGACUAUCUAGCCGAAUUACGUCGGUGAUGACUGGUUUUUGUUCCACAGCCUCCGUCGCCUUCCAAGCCUUCCUGGGCACACUCGACCACGCCUUUCCCCAGGUCAGCGUUGUAAUCUUCGGCGUCGUUCCUCUUAACCUCGGCAACGCGUAUAACGCAACCACGGGAAUCUUCACUGCUCCUUUUAACGGAACUUACUUAUUUACCAUGACGAUCGGAAACCCGAAGGGAAAACCAGGCACGAUGCGAAUGAAGAAGAACCAAGAAUCCAUAGGUUACGCCUUUGCAGGCCACACCGGCGGCGGCUGGGAUCAAGGUACCCAGACAAUUGUAGUGCGCAUGUCCGUUGGUGACGUCAUGUCUGUGGAGGGGGACGGUUACGUGUCUGGAAAUUCCGUUGAGUACCAGAAACACUCUAGUCUCACAGGGAUGCUAAUUAACAAGUGUUAAGAUAACAAGUAUGCAUUCACUUAAUGUAAUGUAAUCGGACUUUAAAGCGAACAUAUACGAUCUUGUUGCAUUUCGUUUAAACAGAUUUAACGUUGAUACAGAGACAAAAUAAAUUGAACAUUCAGAAGAGGUAGUAUCAGGUCAUGUUCACAUUUAUAACAAUAUAACCAUUAUUUCAUUAAACAAACAUACCACUUUGAAAAAGGACAUAUAUGUAAAACUGUCUGUAAUAUUAAUUACACUAUUUGGUUCAUUAGUAGAAGACCUUACGCAGGCAGAAAUGCUGCUAUCCUAUAUAUAUAUAUAAUAUAUAUAGGGAGAAAGGUGUGUGAACAACCAGAUACACAGACAUACAAACAGACAUACAUAUUCCCAUUUGAGACUUCGGCGUGUGCGCCUAGCUACGGUGCAGAACGAGGCAUACAUACUAUGAAAUCCACAUCCGCAAAAAAGGAUGGUUCAUUGACAGUUAUAUAUCUCGCACUUACACCGCAACACAUCUCGACGUGGGAACAAUUUUUACAUACACAGAAUGGACAAUGUUACAUACAUAAACACUUAUUUACAAACAUGAAACCAUAGUUGUAUUAGGGCAAGAUCCGAUAAGGAUUCUAAACUACCCUCACACUAUGUUAAAAACACCGCGGAAAUCCGUUGGAUCAAGAAGAUACAGUGAAAUCAUGAAUAUAUUUGUGUAUUUACAGGGAGAUAAUUAUAUUUCUCAACAACGUCAUUUCCUAUUUCUGGGAUCUAUUAAUAGAUAGUCGUUCUCAGUCGAUAAUUUAUAUAUAGGGAGAAAGGUGUGUGAACAACCAGAUAUUAUCAAUACAUAUUGUAAAAUAUAAAACAGUUGCUUCAUAAAAAAAAUCCGUACCACUUUGAAAUAGGAUAUCUUUAAACAUCUUUCAACAUUACUGUAUUUAAUAUACAUAAUUGAAUUUUACAGUAUACGAGCCAUGUAAAAAGAUAUAUUAAUUUAAGUGACAUUUUGUGUAGUAGAGCGUAAAUUAAAUUCAAAUUCUUCAUUUAAAACUAAAAGAGAUGGAGCACUACGUUUUUUUGCAACGAUGUCAUCUGUUAAGCGUGAAACCAUUAUAUCUCUUAAAACAGGCUAAGUGGAUACAACUUCACACAAAAUCUUGAACUCAUACAGUGUGUGUGUGUGUCCGCCCCUUUAUAUUUCGCUCAUUGUUAGCACCGCAGCGCUUGCACUUAAAGGCCAUACACUUAUAUUAAGCAAUUGCUUAACUAUUACAUUCGGUAACAAAUACAUUGCAUAUCAUAUUAGUAAUGCUAUUCCCUAUUCUUGUAUGAUUUGUUACAAGAUGUUUUUUUAAAAUUGUUUUCAAAAUUUACCUAUACACAACUGACUCUUCUGGUAAAUAUUUGAAAAAUGAAUGGGUGAUAUGCACUUGGCCUGUUACCCUGUAUGUUGUUAUUUCAUUGUCAUAGUUUUUCCGUUUGUUGUCAAUACACAUAUUAUCUAAUAGUAAAAUAAUGGGAUGUAAGCUACAACAGACAACAGACUGGCGCAACACCCCGUAAUUUAUAUGGGUGUGAUUCAGAUAAGAACAUUCCAGAUGAAUAGGAGAUGCAAUGCUUUAUUUCACUGAUAUACAUAUUUUUCACCAACAAAAACCAAAAUCAACGGCGUAUUUCUUUUUAAAGAUAAUUUGUGGUAUUAUUUAUUUUGGUUUUAAUGAUACCCAACCCGUACAGGUUAUCUCGUGCCGUUUACAAAUGAUAAUAUUGAAAUCAAAGAAGCAAUGAAGACUAGAUUUUUGGGUACGUAUUAACCUUUAAACAAAUAAUCAAUAAAUAGGUUGGCACUGUAUGAAAAGCUCUUUCAAUGACUUUGAAAUGUUUACAUUGAGAUUUUUCUUUAGUCGGUGCAAUCAAUAAGCCUGUGAACGUAGAAAAUUUUCAUUGAAAUUAUACAUUAAGGUUGUAUCCUCUCUUUUAAACAGGUUCGAACGAGUUAAACGGUUUCGUCGUUAUCUGCACCGUGUUGGUAAAAUUUGAUCAUGACCAAUUGGUGUUAUA